AUGACUCUCAAUAGAAGGAUUAUUGUUGCUUGUCUAUUUGUUAUCGUUGCAUGUGUUGCUGUUGUUUGUGGUUUCUCAAAACCUGCUACUACUUCAACUAAGGCAUCAACAUGUUGUUUACCACCUGUUCAUUCCUAUAAAGGAACAUUCUAUCAAAAAUCAUUGCAAGAAGAAAACAAUCAACCUGAUAGUGUUACAGUCAUAUAUAAUGUUGAUAUGAAAUCAUUUAGAAAGAGAGAGGUAGUUGUUAUCAAAUCUAAUCAAACUGAAUUGGUUUAUUCUACAUUGAAAUUGAAAAUGGAUGAUGUUACUAUCGAAUAUAGAAUUAAACCAACAAAAUGUUCAUGUUCCAAAUCCAAGAAUUAUCAAUGGAAAGAAACAUGUAUUGAAGCAACAAGUGAAAAUACUACUCCAUAUACAAUUGGUAAGAAUAGUGGUUUUAUUACCAUGAUUGAUAAGUAUGGUGGUAAAUAUGAAUAUACUACUUUGAGAGAACCAAAUAUGGAAAUGAAUACUUGUUGGAUGUUGAGUAAGACAAUGUAUUUUGAUAAUUCAGUUCAAGAUUACAAAUAUUAUGAUAUGAUUGAAUAUGUUGAAGAUAGUGAUUUUGAAAUUCCAGAAAAUUGUCCUCCAAUUGAUGAAUGUUAUCAUUAG